AUGAUUCCCGAACAUAUAAUCUAAAAACUCAAGCCAAAACAAGGCCAUUAUUCAAUCGAUGUUAAGGAAUCCUUCAUUGAUAAACAACGUCGUCUCAGUGAAAUUGAACGACAAACUGUUCUUCAAAAAAAACACAAAGAAAUGCAACUGUUCAGAUAAACAUUCUCUUCAUCCAAUUCCAAAUUGUCUAAACCAGGCAAAAGAAUUAUGAUUAAAACUAUGGGAUGCAGUUAAGCCAUUCCAUUAGAACAAUAUUAAUAAACCUACUCCACUCCCCUUCCUCCAACACCAUAAUCCAAUAUUGCUCGUAAACAUUAUUAAUCAUUAUCAUUAUCAUAAUCCUAACCUAAAUUGGAGUCAGAGGGGAAUUACAACACUACUUUAAGAAAGGAAUCAGAGCUCCAAUUGAACACUUAAUAAGAUACACACAAUCAACUUGAAGAAUAAAAUUAAAAUAUAUCAACAGAACAAAUUGAACCAUUAGAAUAAAUACAAAUACCCCCUCCUGAAGAAAAUAAUAAUGAUCACAUAUAAUGCAUGGUUGAAUAACACUUAUCGGAUUAUCAAGCUUUUGUUAUGCAUUUGGCAGGUAUACUAUUAAAAGAUAAAAGAUAGGGAAAUGUAUUUGUGUUUAAUGUCCAUGCGGAAAAUGUAAAUGCAAAUUUGAGUAUUAACCAUUUAAACCUAAUAUUUCAUGGAAGUCUCAUUACAAUUAGGAGUACAAGGAAUCCCCAAUUAAGGAUUAAGAACUCAAAAUGAACUUGAAUUCUAUUGGUCGAUAUCAAACUUUAGAUUUAAAUGAAUUUAAAACAACAAUGGCAUCUGAUUAUAAAUAAUGCGAUCCCUACCCAAAUCAUAUGAUUGAAAAACCUAAAUACUAAGCUAAUUAUGGAUCCACUCCAAUGACAUCAUAUAAUGUAUAAAAAUAAUCACAUUUUAGAAAUUCUAUAUGGAUUACGGGGAUUUACACCAUGAAUAAUUUAAACAAAGUCAUUAUAAGACUGUGAUUCCAGAAUUAAAGUUUAAUUCGUCAACAACGUAUGGUAGCGAAUUCAAGACACCAAAAUAAGUAGACACAACUGUAAUUGAUACAUAUGUCAUUAGAGAGUCAAAAACCACCUAAUGGUAAGCCUUUUCCGACGAUAGACUUAUUUUUAGGGUAAUCAUAAAAUAAAACGGCACAUGAUUUAAAAGUAGUAGAAAAAUGCUUUUAAUUGAAGAACUAUUAGGAGGUAAUAAAAUCAAUAUUAUGGUAGCCAAUCUAAACAAUUCCAGCUUAUUAGAAAUAAUUUAUGAGCAUGACAAAAAAAGACUUUGUAAUAAAAGAAGUUCCAUGUAUUAGGAAUCAAUAUACAUAAUAAUAACAAUAAUAACAUUGA